AUGCCACGACGGGCUCGACAGGAAUCCUCCCCAGAGUACGCAGAAGAACCUUCGUCUGACGAGUACGAAGCCCCAGCACGAGACUCCGACUCUGAUUUCGAAGUGAGCCCUAAAAAGAAAGCUCGAACGUCGACUGGUGGACGGGGCCGAGGACGUGGAAGAGGUCGAGGGCGCGGAAAGUCAACGGCGAAGUCUCCUGGUCGAGGACGCGGCCGUGGACGCGGCAGAGGGCGUGGUCGUCCAGCAAAGGCAAAGAGGGAUAGCGAAGAUGAUGAUUUGUCCGAGAAUUCGGACUCUAACGAUGUUCCAGAGCCCACUAGAAAGUCCAGUCGUAGGAGUGCUUCACGAAAAGAGGCCUCGGAUGCGGAAGAGAAAGGAAGUGGAUUGGCGGCCGGCAGAUCCCGUCGACGAGCUUCUGCUGCUCGAUUUAGCUACGCCGACGACGACGACUCCAACGAAAGUGAUGCUGAAAAAAGUGCGGAAUCCGCCGAAGCUUCGGAGGAGGAAGCCAUGGAGACCGAUGGCUCUCCUGAAACUGAUGCCCUUUCUGACGCCAUAGAAGAGAAAGCGGAGGGAGCCAAGAAGUCUGAUCAGAAGGUCGACGAACCAGAGAACGAAGAAACAGCCGAUAAGACGGUUGAAAUUGAAAAGAAAGCAGAGAUCACUGACAAGGCUGAAGCUGCUCCUGCCGCCCCCUCUGACGAACCUGUUUCCUUUGCAGAAAAAGUUGACGAGUCGGCGAAAGAAGCCGUCCCAGAGCCAGUCAAAGAAGAAGCGCCCGCAGAAACGAAAGAAGCUCCAUCCGAGCCAGCGAAAGAAGCUUCAUCCGAGCCAGAGGAAGAGGCUCCAUCCGAGCCAGCAAAACAAGCUCCAUCCGAGCCAGCAAAAGAUGUCCCAUCCGAACCUGCGAAAGAAGUCCCAUCCGAGCCUGUCAAAGAAACUGCUUCUGAGCCAGUCAAUGAAGCUCACGUCGACUCAGUGAAUCAAGCUGAGACACCGAAACCAUCGGAGAAGGAAGAGACCAUUCCUGCUCCUCAGGCCGCCGAAGACGCCGAAGAAGCUAGUAAAGCAAUCGAAAAAGAAAUAAAGCCGGUCGAGGCUGCUAUCACGCCAGCUGUUCCCUCUAAAACGAGUGAGCCUCCCGCUGAAGCCAAAACGGAAUCUGUCAAUGGCGAAACAGAAAAGAAGGAUGUUGAACCAACACCCGAAGAUAAGAUACUGCCCCAGGUUGAAACGCCGUCAGAGCCAGUCGCCGCUGACAAGUCUUCCAAGUCAACGCCUUUAGAGAAAGCUAAAGUCGAUGACAUCAAAGAAUCUGUCCCCACUGAAGUUCCUUCUAAACAACAAGUUGACAUUCCUAAAAUCAGCAGUGGCGAGAAGAGUGGUUCUGUGAUCGUCGCGCCAGCUGCGAAUGGCGAGGCAGAGAAGAAACCGGAAUCAACGACGAUUGCAACCCCAUCCGUCAUCGUAUCAACUAUCCAGGCGCAGAAAUAG